AUGGUGCAAAAAUGCACCACUGCUGAUAGUUUACCAACAAGAAAAACGACUAAUAAUAACGACGAUAGCUUAGGUAAUAACAACCAAAUUGAUUUAGAAGUAAUUAAUGAAACUCAUGUAAUUGAGUAUGAUAUAAUACGUUGUGAUUUAUGCCAGUUGCAAUUCGAAUUAGAAGAUGGUUAUAAUGAACAUUUAUCCGAUUGUCAUCCAAAAUUACUUUUAUUUAGUUUUAUUUGUAAAAUCUGUUCGGUACGAUUUCUAAAUCGUUCUCUUCUCCAAAAACAUAGGGUUAAACACGAAGGUCCUUUACCUUACACUUGUAUGAAAUGUAAGGAUCGAUUUCCAAAUCUUGAAGCAUUAACUGCUCAUUUACGUGGACAUGAAGGUAAAUUACCUUACACAUGCUCAAUUUGUCAUGAAGCAUUUGAAACUAAAGCCGAUUGUCAAAAACAUUUAGAUGUUCACGAAUUGAGACCUUACGGAAGUGCUUCUCAUUCAAAAGUAUUUACCUGUAAAGAUUGUAAAAAACAAUUUCGAAAACCCUGUGAUUUACAACGACAUAGUCGAGUUCACACAGGGGAAAAACCUUACGUUUGCGCUGUUUGUGGAAAUCGGUUUCAACAAGCUCAUAAUAUGACGAAACAUAUGAUCGUUCAUACGAAAGAAAAAUUAUUUAACUGUGAAAUUUGCCAAAANGAUAUGAUCUACGGGAACGAUUUUUAA